AUGGGGAAGAUCACAUUUUUUGAGGAGAAGAAUUUCCAGGGCCGCUGCUACAACUGCAGCAGCGACUGUGCUGACCUGCACACAUACUUCAACCGAUGCAACUCCAUCCAGGUGGAGAGCGGUGUGUGGGUGAUCUAUGAGAGACCCAACUUCAAGGGUUUCCAGUACAUCCUCAGCCCUGGGGAGUACGCAGACAACCAGCAGUGGAUGGCCUUCAGCGACAGCGUCAAAUCCUGCCGUGCUGUUUAUGGCAGCGCGUGGAAGCUGAGACUGUACGAGAGGCCAGACUUCGGCGGGCAGAUGGUGGAGUGCUCUGACGACUGUCCUUCAGUGUAUGAUACCUACAAGAUGCGUGAGGCUUACUCCUGCGUGGUGACUGAUGGCGCCUGGGUCUUAUACGACUUCCCCAACUACAAGGGGCAUCAGUACCUCCUGGAGCGAGGCGAGUACAGGCAGCACAAUGACUGGGGGGCGACCUCGCCUGGCAUCGGCUCCUUCCGCAGGAUCACAGAGUUUUAACUCUACCUCAGAUGUAGCCUUAACCAGAAAGUGAUUCAAGACUUUGUCAGAUACCUACACUGACACGACACAAUCAAUAAAUG